CCGUCAUUUUGUUUCUUUAUUAUCCAUCUAUCUCUAUCAUUCCCAAGAGCCAAACCCUUUUUUUUUUUCUUUUCUUCUUCAUCAUGCUUCCUACUGAUUCUUGAUUUUACAUUACAUGCACAUAACUCUCUUGGGCUAUCAUGGGGUUUCAAGAUUUGUUUUUUAUCAUCAUUUUUGUUGGGUUCUACUUGCAAGCUCAAGCACUGGCACUGAAUCAAAACUUGACAUGCAAUCAAAAUGAUUUGGCAGCAUUGCGAGGUUUCUUCAACAGUUUGGAUUCAAGAAUCGAUGGUUUGGACACCAAUUCAUCAACUGAUUGCUGUAACUGGGUAGGCGUCACUUGCAAUUCUUCAUCUUCACUUGGAUUAAAUGAUACUUCAGGUUCUGGUAGAGUAACCAUGUUGGUUCUUGAUAAAAGAAGAUUGACUGGCAGAUUAUCUGAUUCAUUAGGCAAUCUUCUUCAUCUUAGAGUCCUCAAUCUCUCUCACAAUUUCCUCAAAUCUUCACUUCCUCUCUCUUUGUUCAAUUUGCCAAAUUUACAAGUACUAGACUUGAACUCCAAUGAUUUUUAUGGUCCUUUUCCUCAAACUAUCAAUUUUCCUUCACAAUUUAGAUUCCUCAAUCUCUCUCACAAUUUCCUCAAAGGUUCCCUUCCUUCCUCUUUGUUCCAUUUGCCAAAUUUACAAGUCUUAGACUUGAACUCUAAUGACUUUUAUGGUCCACUUCCUCUUACCAUCAAUCUACCUUCACUUCAACUUCUUGACAUUUCUUCAAACUCCUUAAACACUUCAGUCCCUACUCAUAUUUGCUACAAUUCUUCUGAAAUUCGUAUUCUUCGUUUAUCAAUUAACUAUUUCUCUGGUCAUCUAUUACCAGGAUUAGGAAAUUGUGUUUCUUUGGAGGAACUAUGUCUUGGCAUGAAUAAUUUGAGUGGUGUUAUAGCUGAGGACAUAUUUCACCUUCAAAACUUGAGUUUAUUGGGUCUCCAAGACAACAGAUUUUAUGGACAGCUUAGUUCUGUCAUUUCUAAUCUUUCUAGUCUUAAGCGUUUAGAUAUAUCAUCUAACGAGUUUUCAGGUAUGAUCCCAGAUUUGUUUGCUAAAUUAAGUAAGUUUCAAUAUCUUGUUGCUCAUUCCAAUAACUUUAGUGGUAGGAUACCUCUUUCAUUGUCAAAUUCACCGACUCUUAAGUUGCUUAACUUGAGGAAUAACUCUUUGGAAGGUUCGUUAGAUCUUAAUUGUUUAGCUAUGACUAAUCUGAUAUCUCUUGAUUUAGGUACUAAUAGGUUUAAUGGUUCUCUCCCUAGUAAUCUUCCCUUGUGUAGGCAAUUGAAAAGCAUCAAUCUUGCCAGGAACAAUUUCAGUGGUCAAAUUCCGAAAAGCUUUGAGAAUUUUCAAAGCCUCUCGUAUCUGUCCCUCACAAAUGCCGGCAUCUUUAAUCUUUCAUCUGCUCUCAAAAUCUUGCAGCACUGCAGGAACCUAACUACUUUAGUUCUCACCCGCAACUUUCCGGAUGAAGAAUUGCCUGCUGAUCCAAGCCUUCAUUUUCAGAACUUGAAAGCUCUUGUUAUUGCGAAUUGUAGACUUAGGGGUUUGAUACCCCAAUGGUUGAGUGGUUGCACCAAGUUGCAGUUGUUGGAUUUAUCUUGGAAUCAGUUCGGUGGAACAAUUCCGGUCUGGUUUGGCAGUUUUCAGGAUCUCUUUUACUUGGACUUAUCAAACAACACCUUCAUUGGGGAGAUUCCGAAAAGCAUAACUGGAUUACCAAGCCUCAUCAGUAGGAAUAUUUCAUUGGAGGAGCCUUCCCCAGAUAUACCUUUUUUCUUGAAAAGAAAUGAAAGUGUCAGAGGUUUGCAAUAUAAUCAAAUUUUAAGCUUUCCUCCAACUCUUUACCUUAGCUAUAAUGCCCUUAAUGGAUCGAUCUGGCCAGAGUUUGGGAAGCUGACAAAACUCCAUGUCUUGAAUUUAAAAGCUAAUGAUAUAUCUGGACCAAUUCCGAGUGAAUUAUCUGGCAUGACAAGCUUGGAGAGUCUAGAUUUGUCUGAUAAUAAUCUAACAGGGACCAUACCAUCUUCUUUGGUAGAACUCAGCUUUUUGUCCAAGUUUAGUGUUGCCUUUAAUCAACUCUAUGGGAAGAUCCCUUCUGGAGGUCAGUUUGCAACUUUUCCAAAUUCAAGCUUUGAAGGGAAUAAUCUGUGUGGCGAGCAUCGAUCCCCUUGUGAGAACAAUAAUAAAGAUAUCAAUCAAGUUCCUGUUGGGUCUCGUAAAAAAUCAAAAAGGAGCAAAGAUAUCAUUAUAGGAAUGGCUGUUGGGGUCACAUUUGGGACAGCUUUUCUUCUUGUCCUCAUGAUCAUGAUUUUGUUGCGGGCACAUAGCCGGGGAGAGGUCGAUCCUGAAAUAGAGGAGGCUGACACCAGUGAUAAAGAUUUGGAAGAACUCGGGUCAAGGUUAUUAGUUUUGUUUCAGAACAAGGACAAUAAUAAAGAGCUCUCCAUUAAUGAUCUUUUGAAAUCUACUAACAAUUUUGAUCAAGCAAAUAUCAUAGGCUGCGGGGGUUUCGGUCUUGUUUACAGAGCCACUCUCCCUGAUGGUAGGAAGGUUGCUGUCAAACGGCUCUCUGGUGACUGUGGUCAGAUGGAGAGGGAAUUCCGUGCUGAAGUUGAAACCCUCUCAAGAGCUCAACAUCCAAAUCUUGUUCAUCUUCAAGGAUACUGCAUCUACAGAAAUGACAGGCUCUUGAUAUAUUCGUACAUGGAAAAUGGGAGCUUGGAUUAUUGGUUACAUGAGAAACUUGAUGGACCAUCCUCACUUGAUUGGGAUAUGAGGCUUCAAAUUGCACAAGGGGCAGCACGGGGGCUUGCUUAUUUGCACCAAUCAUGUGAGCCUCAUAUCCUCCACCGAGACAUAAAGUCCAGUAAUAUUCUUUUGGAUGAGAAUUUUGUAGCCCACUUAGCUGAUUUUGGUCUUGCUAGGCUCAUACUCCCCUAUGAUACUCAUGUGACUACUGAUCUUGUUGGUACAUUAGGCUAUAUCCCUCCUGAGUAUGGCCAAGCCUCUGUUGCUACUUAUAAAGGUGAUGUGUACAGCUUUGGGGUUGUGCUUUUAGAACUUCUUACUGGGAAAAGGCCAAUGGAUAUGUGUAAACCGCGAGGAUGCAGGGAUUUGAUUUCUUGGGUGAUACGGAUGAAGGAAGAAAACAGGGAAAGUGAGGUGUUAGAUCCUUUCGUUUAUGACAAGCAGCACGAUAAGGAACUGUUGAGGGUUCUUGACAUUGCAUGUUUGUGCUUAUGUGAAUCUCCUAAAGUGCGGCCUACCACUCAGCAACUAGUUUCUUGGCUUGACAACAUUAUCUAGUUCUCUAGUUCUUCCAUUUGCUGCUCUGUUUAUCGGUGUUUUUUCAAUAUAGACAGUGAUCCUGUUGUAAAUAUUUGUCCACGUACUUGGAUUCACUGAGUUGCCGCCUCUGAUAACUUUGAGGAGAGAUAGGGAUCUGACAGAGGAAACUAAACUACUGAUCCUGGACACUGUAAGUCCUUGCAUUCAACAGAAAGUGUUGGUUC